AAUGAACCCAAUUUCGCUCUCAGCGAAAAUCAUCAGAUAUUGAAAGUUACAAACGCUUAGUACAGAGGCAACAUAAUAAAUAUCGCACAGGUGAGAUUCCUUAUGAAGAAUAGAAGGCACUCUAUCAGCACUGUUUAUAUUUUCUGCAUUUAAUUAGUGUCAAUACGUCCGGCCAGAAGAAUCCCAGGUGCUUGUCUAAUUAUCCCAAGCCUCUGCACUCAGAUUUGUCGGCACAUUAGUGUGUGAUUUGGAUGGAUUUAUGAGUGAAAGAAUAAAAAUCCGUCCAAAGGGAAUCCGUUUUCUAGUACAGUUUCUUGCUCUAUAUAGAUUACAUGAUUAUUGUUGAUAAAACUAGAGCUCAGUUGAUAACAUCAAAUUUUCCAUGGAUAUCCUUUUCUAUUACGGCUUGUUUCUCUUGCUCUUGUAUUUCCUUCCAAAAUACGUCCUCCAAAUUAAGAGAAACCUCCCACCAAGUCCUGCCCUGUCCCUUCCCAUAGUAGGCCAUCUCUACCUUUUAAAGAAACCUCUUCAUCGAACCCUGGCCAAACUUUCGGCCCGAUAUAGUCCAAUUCUGUUUAUCAGGCUGGGAUCUCGCCCAGCAGUUCUUGUGUCUUCCCCUUCUGCUGCAGAGGAAUGCUUUACCAAAAACGACAUCAUUUUUGCCAACCGCCCUCGAUUCCUGGCAGGGAAGCACCUUGGUUAUGAUUACACCACCCUUGUUUGGGCCUCAUAUGGUCACCAUUGGCGCAACUUAAGACGCAUAGCUUCAGUCGAAAUCUUGUCAUCUAAUCGUCUUCAGAUGUUUUCUGGCAUCCGUCUAGACGAGGUCAGGCUAUUGUGUAAAAGGCUUUUUAAAGGCUCAAACGGUGGACAAUAUCAGAUUGUAGACAUGAAAUCCAUGUUUUUUGAGAUGACCCUGAAUGUUAUGAUGAGGAUGAUUGCUGGCAAAAGAUUUUACGAAGAGAAUAUGGCUGACUUGGAGGAAGCUAAAAAAUUCAAAGAAAUUGUGACAGAGACCUUUCGCUUGAGUGGGGCUACUAAUAUUGUAGAUUUUAUACCCUUUUUGAAGUGGGUUGGAUUGAAUAAUGUUGAAAAGAGUUUAGUGAUAUUGCAGGGAAAACGAGACAAGUUCAUGCAGGAUUUGAUUGAAGAACACCGACGAAUGAGGAAUGAUUUUGCUUCUCCAGAUGGGAGUAAGACCAUGAUCAAUGUGCUGUUGUCACUGCAAGAAAAUGAGCCUGAAUACUAUACAGAUCAUGUUAUCAGAGGCAUGAUGCAAGUCAUGUUAUCAGCAGGAACUGAUACUUCAGCUGGGACUAUGGAAUGGGCACUGUCAAAUUUGCUAAACAAUCCAAAGACCAUUCUACAAGCACAGGCAGAAAUUGACACAAACGUGGGGCAAAGAAGGUUAAUCGAAGAAUCAGAUAUGGCCACACUUCCAUAUGUCAAUGGCAUUUUGAAAGAGACCCUCCGGAUGUACCCAGUUGCUCCAGUGCUAGUACCACACGAGUCAUCAGAAGAGUGCAGUAUAGGAGGUUUUCAUGUCCCACGUGGCACAAUGUUAUUGGUGAACAUGUGGUUAAUUCAGAAUGACCCUAACUUAUGGGAAGAGCCGUCAAAAUUCAAGCCAGAGAGAUUUCAGAGGCCGGAAGAGGAAAUAGGCAAGUACAUGUUGUUGCCAUUUGGAGCCGGGAGAAGGGGGUGUCCUGGGGAGGGAUUGGCCAUGAGGAUUAUUGGGUUGGCGUUGGGAACGCUGAUCCAGUGCUUUGAGUGGAAGAGAGUUGGUGAGGAGAUGGUGGACAUGAGUGAAGGCGGUGGGCUUACAAUGCCCAAAGCUCAACCUCUGUUUGCAAUGUGCAGGCCACGCCCAGUUAUGACCGAACUCCUCCACCAACUCUAAACGCUCUCGUAUGCGCUUGCGUAUGCAAUGUUCUUUUUCCAAUAAAAUUGUCAUAUUUUUAAGACACAAUGUAUAAGUCACAAGGAAUGAGACUGACUAGGCUAUGUUUCCUUA